AGCUCGUUAGCGGCGGAUGCAGCAGCUAGCUAGUUCUGUGAGGUUCGGUUUAGUGCAGUCAGAACCAGAGAACCAUGGCCUACCAGCUGUACCGGAACACCACGCUGGGGAACAGCCUCCAGGAGAGUCUGGACGAGCUCAUCCAGACCCAGCAGAUCACCCCCCAGCUGGCCCUGCAGGUUCUUCUCCAGUUCGAUAAAGCCAUCAACGCAGCGCUGGCCAGCCGGGUCCGGAACCGGGUCAACUUCAGGGGUUCUCUGAACACCUACCGGUUCUGCGACAACGUUUGGACUUUUGUUCUGAACGACGUGGAGUUCAGGGAAGUCACAGAGCUGGUCAAGGUCGACAAGGUGAAGAUCGUCGCCUGCGACGGAAAGAGUGAGUUCGAGCAGAACCGCACCAGAACCUGAGAAUGAGUCCAAAUCCCAGAUUAGCUGCAGGUUAACAGCAGCAGAACCUCAGCUGGCCCGACCCACUCAGCGACUGAAACUAGACGAGUCGGCUUCAGAGAAAGUCUGACAUUGAGCCCGGUCCUUUUUACUAGACCUGACAAUUCUAUCAGAACCACCAGAGCAGCAGGUCAAAUAACAGCUGCAGCACCAAGUGAAACCAGCAGGCGGAGUGCUGCUCCACAUGUCCCAGAAACGCCGUCAAGGGGACGCACGCUGCGUCCCGUGACAGGAUGAUGGGACACUGCGUGUUCGGGACUGUAGUCAGACUGUCUUGGUUCUGCUGUAAACAUUUUCCUGUCUCCC